UGAAUGGACGCAGGCACAGCUGUAGCCAGCUCUGAGAAGCCAGAGAGUUCAGCUGCUGUCUCUGGACCCCUCGCACCGGCUGCCAUGGCCAAGGGGGAGAAAGCCCGGGUCACAUCAGAGGGCAAACUCAUGAUGAAGCACCCUGAACCUGCUUUCACCAAGGUUCCACCACAGACUCAUCUGGAUCAGAAGCUCUCUGUAUGUAGCAAACUCUGUUUCGCCAUCGGAGGGGCACCGAAUCAGGUCGCCGGGAGCGCAACAGCAUUCUUCCUUCAAAUAUAUCUACUUGACAUUGCACAGAUUCACCCGUUCCAGGCGUCCAUGGUGUUGUUCGUCGGUAAGGCUUGGGGGGCAAUUACUGACCCUAUUGUGGGAUUCUUCAUCACUAAAAGCAAAUGGACAAAGAUCGGACGACUCAUGCCAUGGAUGGUGGGCUGCACUCCAUUCAUGGUGGUCUCUUACUUCUACCUUUGGUUUGUCCCACCUUUUACCAAUGGGAGGUUUAUCUGGUAUCUGGGCUUUUACUGUCUCUACCAAACUCUCAUCACA